CGUAUAAACCCGUUGGUAAGAUAGGAGAGGGGACAUUUUCGGAUGUCCUGAAGGUCCUGAAUCUUAGGGAUGGAAAAUACUAUGCGUGCAAAGUCAUGAAGCAACAUUUUGAAAGUAUGGAGAAAGUGAAUAAUCUGGAAGAAAUACGAGUCCUAAGUAAGCUGAGUCCGCAUCCCAAUAUCGUGACAUUAUAUGAAGUGAUUUUUGAUAAAAAAGCUGGCACCGUUUCACUGAUACUUGAACUGAUGGGCACGAGCAUUUAUGAGUUGAUAAAAGGAAGGACAAAGCCAUUACCUGAAAAAAAAAUUACGAACUACAUGUACCAGUUAUGCAAAGCCCUUGAUUACAUACAUAGAAAUGGGAUAUUUCACAGAGACAUCAAACCGGAAAACAUCUUAAUAAAGAAGAAUACCCUGAAGUUAGGAGAUUUUGGAUCGUGCAGGAGUGACCAUUCAGAGCAGCCGUACACAGAAUACAUCUCCACGCGCUGGUACCGAGCACCUGAAUGCUUGCUUACGACCGGCUACUAUGGUUGCAAGAUCGAUAUCUGGAGUGCUGGCUGCGUUUUCUAUGAAAUCACAAGUUUAGAGCCCCUCUUUCCUGGAUCCAAUGAGCUGGACCAAAUUUCCAUAAUCCAUGACGUUCUAGGCACCCCUCCUAGCAAAACUCUCAACAAGUUCAAGCAGUCAAGAUUUACGAGCUUUGAUUUCCCCUAUAAAAAAGGAAUGGGAAUCCCUCCCCUUGUGAACAGUUUGUCUCCCCAAGGCUUCUCACUCCUGUGUGCCAUGAUAGAAUACGACCCUGAUGAGAGAAUCGCUGCCCACCAGGCCUUACAGCACCCUUAUUUUCAUGAACUCCGGGCAGCUGAGAGGCAAGCUUUGGCCACGCACAUAGAAGUCAGACUUUCAGGAAAUAUGGCAGGGCAAAUACCUCUGCAUCCGUGGCAGAUCCCAAAGGAAAGUCAAAGACAGCAUUCUCUUAGGAAAGGCCAGGGAAAACCAAACCAGCACCACGGACCUUCUCAUGGAUUACCAGAUUUUCCCAAACUCAGUCUUUCUGGACCAGCCAUGUUGCCUUCAUGCCCCGCUCCUGCAUUGCCCUCCAUCUGCUGGGCUCCUAAGAGAAGCGGAGCAAUCCCCGUGUUCCAACCUGGUGGAUUCCCUGGAGCACACGGCGAGGUACAGACUCGUCCCUCGCUCACUGAGGCGCAGCGGCGAUACGUGUUUGACAAAGCGCGUCUCAGACCCAUGCCGUUUCAUCAACAGUCUGAGAAACAGAAGGCGCUUAAGUCUCCCCCAAAAUAUGUCCGCUUCCCGGUUGUAGACCGAAGAGGCGGAGGUUUCUGA